AUGUUUGAUUUAAAGUCUAUUGUACGUCCGAAUAUUCUUACAUUAGAACCGUACCGGUGUGCAAGGGAUGAUUUCAAAGAAGGUAUAUUAUUGGAUGCAAAUGAAAAUACUUAUGGACCUGCUUUAUCUGCAGUUACAGAGUCUGAAAAGUUGUUGCAAUUGAACAGAUAUCCUGACCCACACCAAGAAGAAUUGAAAAGACAAAUUGUCGAUUUCCGAAACUCUCAGAUUAAUCAAUACUCGAAAUCAAAUUUAGAAGUUGACAAUUUGUGUUUGGGAGUUGGGUCAGACGAAAGCAUAGAUAUGUUGUUGAGAUGCUGCUGCGAACCCAAAAAGGAGAAGUUGUUGAUUUGUCCACCAACUUAUGGAAUGUACAGUAUAUGUGCAAUUGUGAACGAUGUGCAGAUUGUUAAGAUUCCAUUAACUGUGCCUGAUUUCCAAAUUGACAUUGAGAAAAUAAUUGAGGUCUUGCAAAGAGAUCCUGAUAUCAAAUUACUCUACUUAACCUCUCCAGGAAACCCAACGGGAGCCCUUAUCAAUGUUGACAAGAUAGUUGCACUUUUAGAAAGAACAGGGAAUACGUGGAAUGGGUUGGUUGUAGUAGAUGAAGCAUAUAUUGAUUUUGCCCCCCCAAAUGGCGAGUUCAGCCAGUCGUUAUCUACAAUAGUCAACCAGUAUCCGAACUUAGUAGUACUACAAACCUUGAGUAAGUCCUUUGGGUUAGCAGGGAUUAGAUUGGGGGUAACGUUUUGUAACAAGCAAUUGGCCAAAUUGUUGAAUUCGAUGAAAUAUCCAUACAACAUUUCAUCCUUGACGUCAAAUGUGGCAUUAAAGGCAACAUCACCUUCGGGAUUGAGUGUUAUGAAACAUUAUGUGAAUCUUAUUACAAAACAGCGGGACAUUGUGCUACGUAAGAUUUUGAGUUUUGAGUAUGUUGGAAAGAACAUUGGUGGUUUGGACGCCAACUUCAUUUUAGUGCAGAUUCUAGACAAAACCAAGCAGCCAUCAAACGAAACUGCUUUGAAAUUGUACAAUCGGUUGGCGAAAGACAAUGCUGUAGUUGUUAGAUUUAGAGGCAACGAGCUUAAUUGCACAGGUGCGCUAAGAAUAUCUAUUGGUACAGAGGAUGAAAAUAAAGAAAUGCUUGAAAAAUUGGAGCAAGUCUUGUGCGAAUUAAAUAUGUAA